UCCCAUCCUUUUACCGGCGAACUCAAAUCUCAUUCAUCGUCCAUAUCAUCUCUCUUACCAUUCCAUCCCUCCCGAACUCUCUUCCGUCUGUCUCCGUCUUAAUCUUCCAACCAAUUUUUCAUCUAUUUUGGGCCAGAUUUGGUCCCUCCCAGCCUCUCCCACCAUCCUGGGACACCAUUCUGCCUCUCAUCUGCAACCAUGACCGACACAAUCAGUGACGAUGUCCACCGGCGAUCCUCGCCUUUGCCUCCGGCUCCGAUGGAUGACUACGCCUUCCCUGAGCUUCGUCUGAAGCGCACAAUGGACGACCCCGAAAAGACCCCUCUUCUUCUGGUGGCCUGUGGCUCCUUCUCGCCCAUCACCUACUUGCACCUGCGCAUGUUCGAAAUGGCCGCCGAUUACGUCAAAUUCAGCACGGACUUUGAACUGGUCGGGGGUUACCUGUCCCCGGUGUCAGACGCCUAUCGUAAGGCCGGUCUGGCUAGCGCUGAGCAUCGUGUCGCUAUGUGCCAACUCGCCGUGGAUCAGACCUCCGACUGGCUGAUGGUUGAUACGUGGGAACCGAUGCAGAAGGAGUACCAGCCGACAGCCGUGGUGUUGGACCAUUUUGAUCAUGAGAUCAACACUGUACGACAGGGCAUCGAGGCCGGCAAUGGUACUCGCAAGCCCAUCCAGAUUGCUCUGCUGGCAGGCGCUGAUCUGGUGCAUACCAUGUCAACUCCUGGGGUAUGGAGCGAAAAGGAUCUCGACCACAUUCUUGGAAAAUACGGCACUUUCAUUGUGGAACGCACCGGAACCGACAUUGACGAAGCUCUCGCUGCCCUGCAAACAUGGAAGAAAAACAUCCAUGUCAUUCAACAACUUAUCCAAAAUGACGUCAGCAGCACCAAGAUCCGUCUAUUCCUGAGACGUGACAUGAGUGUACGAUACCUGAUUCCCGUCCCCGUGAUCCAUUACAUCGAACAACACAAUCUAUACAAGGACGAUAGCACGGCAUCAACCGACAAGGGCAAAGGCCGACAAGAACCCGGAUCUUCGGGGUGAAUCGCCAUUUGGUGAUUUCACUACGUCUUGAAACGAACCCUCCGAGUCGUCCCGCUUUCACCGCCACAGGAAGAUUCGAGCACAGGCAGAAGAGAGAGAGAGAUAACAUACGGGCAUCAUUUGUAACAGAGCCAGCCCUGGUCAUCUCAUGAACCCAUUGAGAUACCUAGUUCAAAAACCGCGCGGGAUAUCUCGGCCUGGUGCCAGAGUCAUCAUCAAUCCCCGUUGUAACGUUGAUCUCUUCUGUCUCUCCAUUCGUCAAUUUUUUUGCCCUGCUUUCUCAAGAUGUGCUUGAUAUACCACUUCCGUGACAUCCGCGCCCCUUGACUCCGACCGGGCACGGACUUCAAUAGUGAAACGGGACAUGAACCAACAGCUUUAACCCCUUCCUUGCUAACCACCUAUAAUGGUGGGUUUCGGUUUUCUAAAAAAGAACUCGGGUCAUGUUUCGAUGCUAUGUCCUUUGAUCAGAUCAGGCGUUCCGCUGUGUUACGAGUAAUGCGUUGAAGAUACCAUAGAUUAAUAUUCUGCCUCCGUCCUUCCGGCCUGCCUUUGUGUGCUGCUAUCAUGUCCCCGCGAUGAUGUUUAUACCCUGUUUAUUUUGUUUCUGGCUCAGUUGAGAAUUUCUGUACCGAUACGUUAGAUGGUCACCUACAAAGAUGAUGGUAGAAUUAGACUUGAAAUCGGACAAACAAAC